AUGGUGGACAGCGCCCAUCCACCAGAGAGCGCUGCUCAAGGUGCAAACAGACUGACCCCUGAAACACCUCACCUCCAACAGUCCGAAGACGGCCACGUGAGCUACAUCGAUCCUAGCCAUUGGCAAUCCAUAUUGGAAGACAUACGAGAGGUCCGAGAGCACUUGGCACCGGGGCAGGCGAAGAACUCAAGCUCCAAUUUACAAUCAAAUGGAAACAUCCACACCAGCCACGGUGACGAUCCCGGUCUAUAUCUCGGAGCAUUCGCACCUGGCAGCCUCGAAGCCAUCUUGGCAACACUGCCUCCACAACCCAUCUGUGACAAGCUGAUAUCCGGGUAUUUUGGCAUGCAGUUCAUGGUCCUCGGGAUCAUUCAUCCUGAGAAGUUCCAAGGAGAAUACAAAGCCUUCUGGGACUCACCUGCGACGUCCUCGCCCUUGUGGCUCGCGUUGCUCUUUGCAAUGCUGAGCUUCACGGCUGCAAUACGCCUCAGAAUUGACCCGCAAGGCUCCCGAGUGGGAAGCCUACCCGACCCGGGGAUUCUGCAAGGAGCUGCGAAGCAGUGUCUGAUUCUGGGUAAUUACGCCACUGCAAAUGAGCACGCUCUCGAGGCCUUCAUCCUCCACAUGCAGAGCUACUUCGUAACGCAAGGGGGAAAGCCUUCCAUGGGGCUCUGGUUUGAAAUGGGUACUGUGAUUCGACUGGCUUUCCGCAUGGGCUGUCACCGCGAUCCCGGCAAUCUGACUGGCAUCUCGCCCUUUGCCGGCGAAAUGCGUCGCCGUCUAUGGCUGAACAUUGUCCAGAUUGACGCAUUGCUGUCGUUCCAAAUGGGACUGCCGAGCGUUAUACCCGCCCAAUUUUGCGAUACUGCCGUGCCGCGAAACCUGGAGCACUCCGAUCUGCACCCAGGCAUGGAGGCACUGCCCCCUUCCAGACCAUUCAAGGAGCGAACGUCUGUGACCUAUACCAUCGUCAAGUCUGGGAUCAUGGCUGUGUUCAAGAAGAUUGUGUGCCACACGCAGUUGCCGUCUGUGCCCGCGUACGAGGCUACCCUUGAACUUGAAAGAGAGAUGCGCCUGGCCUACAGCAAUGUGCCUGAGUUAUACCAGAGAUGUAACGUCAGUCAGUCAUUCAUGGACUCGUCGGGCGUCAUACUCGAGAGGAGCACAGUUGAAAUUCUCUACCUCAAAGGCAUCAUCGUCCUAUUGAGGAGAUUCAUCACCUACGACCUGAAAAACGAUGCCACGUAUGAGAAAUCGCGUCGAGCAUGCGUCGAGGCUGCUUUGGAUAUCCUGGCCCGGCAUGCUGACAUUGAUGCAGCCUGCCAGCCAGGAGGAAGAUUGUACGAGGACGGGUGGAUGUUUGACGCGAUUCCAAACCAUGACUAUCUGCUUGCCGCCAUGGUCUUGUGCAUGCAUGUCUCAGUGUAUCUAAGCAACCGGGCGCAGACGUCUCACCCCGAGGCAGACCUUGCAGAACGAUCACGUCGUGCCCUCGAGAGCUUGGCUCGCAUCUGGCAGCCGCAGAGCUCAGAGUCUCCGGAUGUACGGAUAGCAGCCGAAGCUAUCAACGUCAUGAUGAAAAAGGUCGUCGAAAAAGAACGUGGCAGUAGUGAUAACUAUCACUCUUCUUCUUCCUUUGCGAGUGUUGCCACGUCUGACACCACGGACGACUUAUCACUGCCUUUUGCUGGUACCAUGGCACAAAUGAUUGAUGGAAAUGAGGUGAUCGACUGGGCCUUCCUCGACCAAUACUUCCAGGGGACAGAAGGAUUUGGCCUGGACUUCGGGCUAUAG